AUUAAUUUGAAACACACACAAGACAAGGUCUUCAUUAACAACUGAAUUUCCCAUUUUGUCCCUCCCUCCGGUGAUCGGAAAAUGGCAGUCUCUGCCACCGGUCAGAUAAUGCUAUCAUCUACCGUUCAAUUACGUGAACCAACAAUAAUGGGCAGUACUAGGAACUUGAGGUUUGUCAAGUUUUGUAAUGGAGAAAUUAUGGGAAGAAAGAUUGAGCUUAAAGCUGGGGGUGCUAUUAGCAAUUGUUGCACUAAGAAUGUUAUUAGGCAGAAUAUAUCUAUGUCUCUCACUGCUGACGUGGCUGCCGAAUCCAAGUUGAGAAACGUAGAUUUGGAAAAAAGAGACCCAAGUACAGUUGUAGCAAUUAUACUAGGUGGAGGUGCUGGAACUCGUCUCUUCCCUCUCACCAAGCGACGAGCCAAGCCUGCUGUUCCAAUUGGAGGUGCUUAUAGGCUGAUAGAUGUACCAAUGAGUAACUGCAUCAAUAGUGGGAUCAACAAAGUAUACAUUCUCACUCAAUUUAAUUCAGCCUCACUCAACAGGCAUAUUGCACGUGCUUAUAACUCUGGUACUGGAGUCACUUUUGGAGAUGGCUAUGUUGAGGUUCUUGCAGCAACUCAAACUCCAGGGGAGCAAGGUAAAAAGUGGUUUCAGGGUACUGCUGAUGCUGUGAGACAGUUCCACUGGCUCUUUGAGGAUGCAAGGAGCAAGGAUAUCGAGGAUGUCUUGAUUCUUUCUGGAGAUCACCUCUACAGAAUGGACUAUAUGGACUUUGUUCAAAAUCACCGAGAGAGCGGUGCAGAUAUCACGCUUUCUUGCCUGCCAAUGGAUGACAGCCGUGCCUCAGAUUUUGGUCUAAUGAAGAUUGACAAUAAAGGAAGGGUCCUUUCAUUCAGUGAAAAGCCUAAAGGAGAAGAUCUCAAAGCAAUGCAAGUGGAUACAACCGUUCUAGGUCUUUCAAAGGAUGAGGCUCUCGAAAAACCAUACAUUGCUUCCAUGGGAGUGUACGUCUUCAAGAAGGAGAUACUUCUUAAUCUAUUAAGAUGGCGCUUUCCGACUGCAAAUGACUUUGGAUCAGAGAUCAUUCCUGCCUCAGCUAGAGAAUUUUACAUGAAGGCUUAUCUCUUCAAUGAUUACUGGGAGGACAUAGGGACCAUCAGAUCAUUCUUUGAAGCAAAUCUAGCUCUCACUGAGCAUCCAUCGAAAUUUAGCUUUUAUGAUGCAGCAAAACCAAUGUACACAUCAAGGAGAAACUUACCACCUUCCAAGAUUGACAAUAGCAAGAUUGUUGAUUCAAUUGUAUCGCACGGAAGCUUUUUGAAUAAUUCCUUCAUAGAGCAUAGUGUAGUUGGAAUCAGAUCCAGAAUAAACUCAAAUGUUCAUUUAAAGGAUACAGUGAUGCUUGGUGCUGAUUUCUAUGAAACUGAAGCAGAAGUGGCAGCCCUGUUAGCUGAAGGAAGAGUUCCAAUAGGAAUAGGAGAAAACACAAAAAUCAAAGAUUGUAUUAUUGACAAAAAUGCUAGAAUUGGAAAGAAUGUUAUCAUAGCAAAUUCAGAGGGCAUACAAGAGGCUGAUAGAUCUGCAGAAGGGUUUUACAUCCGUUCCGGAGUCACAGUUGUAUUGAAAAAUUCAACAAUUGAAGACGGACUCGUCAUAUAAUAAAGUCACCCAUUACUUGUCUGAAGAUGAGAUUUUUUUUAGUUUUUAACUUUUUAUGAAUUGUAAAAAAAAAAAAGGAUAUAAAUAGAUUGGCAUAUUAUCCAUCUUAUAUUCCAAUUCCUCCAACUUAACAUGUCAUAAAAAUUAUU